CAGUGGUUGCAACCGUGAGGCGAUGGCGGGGCUGGAGCUGCCGCCUCACGCGGCGGCGCUGCCGGUGCUGCGGGCCGUGGAGAUGCACGCGGGCGGGGAGCCGCUGCGGGUGGUGCCGGCGGGGCUGGGCCCGGGCCCCGAGGGCGCGACGCUGCUGGAGCGGCGGCGCCACGCGGCGGCCGAGCUGGACCACGCGCGGCGGCUGCUGCUGCUGGAGCCGCGCGGCCACCGCGGCAUGUACGGCGCGGCGCUGGUGGCGCGGAGCGAGCUGCCCGGCGCGCACCUGGCCGCGCUCUUCCUGCACGGCGCCGGCUACAGCGCCAUGUGCGGCCACGCCGUGCUCGCCCUCGGCCGCCUGGCGCUCGACUACGGGCUGGGCCCCGCGCCGCGCAGCCCCGAGACCCGCGUCGUCAUCCACUGCCCCUGCGGGCCCGUCGCCGCCUUCGUGCCCUGGGACGGGCAGCGCAGCCGCAACCCCGUGCGCUUCCGCAGCGUGCCCGCCUUCGCCGCCGCCGCCGACCUGACAGUUGAUGUCCCUGGCUACGGGAAGGUGGUGCUUGACAUCGGGUAUGGUGGAGCUUUCUAUGCCUUUCUCAGCGCAGAGAAGUUGGGCCUAGAUGUUUGCUCUUCAAGUGUGAGAGAUCUCGUGGAUGCAGCAACUGCAGUCACAGAAGCAGUGAAGAAGCAGUUCAAACCUCAUCACCCUGACAGUGAAGACCUUGCAUUCAUCUAUGGCACCAUCUUAACAGAUGGAAAAGAUGCAUUCAGUGAUGAGCCAACCACCAACAUCUGUGUGUUUGGAGAUGCACAGGUUGACAGGAGUCCCACAGGCUCUGGCGUGACUGCGCGUAUUGCCUUGCAGUACCACAAGGGCCUCAUCAAGCUGGACCAGACCAGAACCUUUAGGAGCAGUACGACUGGUUCCUUGUUCACUGGGAAAGCUGUGGAGGAAGCAAAGUGUGGUGAUUACAAUGCUGUCAUAGUAGAAGUCUCGGGAGAAGCCUUUUAUACUGGAACAGCAAUCUACACUGCGGAAGAGGAAGACCCUCUGAAAUACGGAUUUCUCAUAAAGUGACCUUCUUAGCCCUCAUGCAGUAGAAAGCAUUUAAAGAAGAGAUCAAAAGCAUGGUCUCUCUCUUCUGCGGAGGAAGGAAAUCUCACAAUAUUUACCCAACCUUAUAGUCUGAAUAGCUUGCUGCAUUUCUGGAGAGUUUAAAAAUAAGCUGAUUUAAAUAUCCUAGAGUAGAGCUAGAAGACUUUAGUGGUAUAAUGAUUGCUGUUCACUAUAAAAGAAUAUGGCCUGUAAUCUCUCUGUGUAGCAUGAACAUAGAUCAUGCAAGUCUAUUUGAAACGGCCUUCAUUGUGCUUUGCAGGUUUGUUUGUUUUUGUCCAUGUAGUGGUAGACUAGUAAAGAAAGCAGGGUUUAAAGGAGCUUUUUUAAAAAUGUUACACGCCUCUCCUAAAAACAUAAUGUACUUAGCCUCAUCUCAGUGCAGAAAUACUAUUAAAUUUGUGUUUCAACCUCCUA